AUGAAGCAAGGCAUCGACUUUGAUGUGCCCAUAGGGCGCGGGCAGACGAUGCUCUUCCAGGGCUCUGACCCGGAGAGAGACCGCCAGUCGUUGUGGCCGGACCUGCUCAGCUCCAAGCCGGUGGUGGGCAAGGAGCGCCCCUUCGUCAAUGUUUGUGUCUGCAGAGAUCUGGACGAGGCAGAAGCGUUGAAGAAGGAGCUGGAGGCACGGGGCUGCUGGGAGAACUGCACCCUCAUCGUGCCCAUCUCCAAUGACCCGGCGUCCAGGAUGAUCGCGGUGAACGCCGCCAUGGCGCUGGGUGAGCACUUUGAGGAGGAGGAUGGGGAGGCGGUGGUGCUGUGCGACUUGGAGGCCCACCACGACGUGUGGACAGAGCUGGCGGACUUGGCUGGCCAGGAGCGGUCCGCCCGCGGGCUGCUCAUGGAUCCCAAGGAGGAGAAGUGGAUUCAAAUGCAGGGCACGGUCAUCCGUGAGUCCAUCGGCGAGCGGCGGAAGUUUUGGUUCCGCCUCACCAACCGCGCCAUCAACGAGGUGGACAAAGGCUCGGUGACCUUGCUGGGCUGGCUCUGGGAGCAGGAUGGCAGCCUUCAGUACCGGAAGCGCCAGAUGUACGAGCAGAAGUUCGAGAAGAUCGAACGGAUCUCGCGGAUCUCCGACGAGAUCCGCCAGAAGCUGAUGGACAAAGUCAAGGCAGAUGCUGCAGCGGACGGCAUCUCCUUUGAGUCCGAGCUGGACGAGUCCCUGCUGAAGCCUAACCCCAACAUCCCCGGCGUGCCCAACUGGGAGAUCGAGGAGCUGAAGUCCAUCUCGGAUGGCCACAUCAUCUUGCGGCGGCCUCCGGCGGACGAGGUCUGGGAAUGGCGCGUGGAUCCGUACAGGUCCUUGCCGCGGCUGGGCACUGACGCCCUGCAUCCGGCGCUGAUCUCCUGCGAUGCGCCCAAGCUUCGCCUGAAGAUGAUGCAGGCCAACGACAGGGCCAACCUGCUGCACGACACGCCGGCACAGACCCUGGACGACAAGCCCGGGGUGGAGUUGCGCUUCAUUGAGCUGCUGCUGCACCAGCGCGCCGGCGAGCUCUUCUCCAUAGAUGAGGAGGUCGCGCGCAUCGUAGUGGCCUCCGAUCCGGACUGCGCCAGGUUGCGGGAAGCGGAAGACGACGUGCGAGGGAGGGAGAUGCUCAGCAGCUUGGCGAAGGAAAUGCUCGGCAGCGAAGCUGGCGCCAAGGCUCUCGCGGACAUCAAAGAUCUCGGUUUCAUCACUCCUUCCACCCUGGACCUCUUGGUGCAAGAGGUGGCCACAUUCAGAUAAGAUGGCCAUCUGCCUCAGCGGCCGGAUGUUCGAGUGCCCGACGCUCGCACCUCGUGG